AUGGCAGAGGGCAGUUUUGCGGUCAUUCAGAACCAGCUUAGCUGUCAAAUUUGUCUGGACCUUCUCAAGGACCCAGUGACUAUUCCCUGUGGACACAGCUACUGUAUGAGCUGCAUUGCUGGCUGCUGGAACACAGGUGGUCAGGAUCAGGCUUACAGCUGUCCACAGUGCCGGCAUACCUUUGACUCGAUGCCCCACCUUGGGCGCAACACCAUACUGGCAGAAAUGGUGGAGAAACUGAAGUUGGCAGAAGAUCCUCCAGCUGUUCCAGAAGAACCUUCAGUUGACAUCUGUUAUGCUGGACCUGAUGACGUGUCGUGUGACUUCUGCAUCGGGAAGAAACAGAAGGCUACCAAGUCCUGUCUCGCAUGCUUGGCCUCGUUCUGCGACUCUCACCUCCAGCCUCACUUCGAGGUGCCUCGUCUAAAGAAGCACAAGCUGGUGGCGGCCACCAGACAGCUAGAGGAGCAGAUCUGCGCUCCUCACGACAAACUCCUGGAGGUGUUCUGUUGCACUGAGCAAAUGUUAAUCUGCAUGCAGUGUGCAAUGGAUGGACACAAAGGCCAUGACAUAGUCGCAGUUGCAGUAGAAAGGGCAGAGAAACAGAAGGAGUUUGGGAAGACCCAGGAGGUAUACCAGCAGAGGAUUCAAGAACGAGAGAAAGAGCUGCAGGUGCUGAAAGAAGCCAUGGAAACUCUCAAGCACUCUGCCCAGGUGGCGGUAGAGGAGAGCGAGAGGAUGUUCUCCUUGCUCAUCCUCUCCAUAGAGAGAAGGCGGUCGGAGGUGAAGGAGUUGAUCAGAGCCCAGGAGAGUACCGAGGUAGGCCUGGCUGAAAGACUCCUGGAGCAGCUGGAGAAGGAGAUCGCCGAGCUAAGGAAGAGGGAUGCUGAGCUGGCCAAGCUGUCGGAAACAGAGGACCAUGUCAGCUUCCUUCAGAGUUUCCAGGCUCUCCAUGCAACUGCUGGACCAGAAAACAUCCCAUUCAUCCCUGUUCACCAAAGCAAACCUUUGGAAGACAUGAAGAAGACUAUCUCUUAUCUACAAGAAAAAAUUGACAAUUUUUGCCAAGAGGAAAUAGGGAAAUUGUCUGGAAUUGCGACAUAUGUGCAACUCAUCGCAGAACCACGAACCAGCGAUGAAUUCUUACAAAACUGCAGCAAUUUUACAAUGGAUCUGAACACAGCCAACAACUGCCUCUGUUUAUCCGAGGGAUGCAAGGAGGCUUCGAACACCAUAAAGGUCCAGUGCUACCCGAACCAUCCAGAUAGGUUCCUGCAUCCUGCGCAGGUGCUGUGCAAGGAGGGCAUAACCGGGCGCUGCUACUGGGAGGUGGAGUGGAGUGGGGAGAGCGGGGUGGGUCUGGCGGUCGCCUACAAAAGCAUUAGCAGGAAAGGGAGCGGGAAGGAGUCCAAGUUUGGCUCUACCCAUCAGUCCUGGAGCUUGCGUUGUUCUCCCUCCAAGUAUUCGUUCAAGCACAGUCAUGACAAAAUUGAAAUCCCCGUCCCAGUUUCCAGUUCCGCUAGAAUAGGAGUGUAUGUAGAUUACAGGGCAGGCACCCUGGCCUACUUCAGUGUCUCGGACACAAUGAGCCUCCUCCACCGAGUGCAGACGCGAUUCACUGAGCCCCUCUAUCCCGGUUUUUUGAUUGGUAUCAAUUCAAAGGUGAAGUUUUACCAAAAAUCAAUAAUCCUCCACCCCAUAGCCAGUCUGCCUAAUUGUGAGUAAUUAAAUGAUCUGGUAUAAAACUGCCAAUACAACACCUCACUCACAUCUGAUGUUGUAGGCAGAUUCGUCAGACAAAAGCUUAGGAAACACUACAAAAGGUUGCGAGGUCACACAAAGGUGUAAGCAACCGGAACUGAUUCCUGUUCUCAAAGGCAACUGAGAGGGAAAGUUGGUAAACAAACCCUUGUGGAUCUGAUAAAGUUCUCUUUAACUCUCUGUGUGUAUUAUAUAAAUGAGCAUGUGUUUUAGCUUCAAUAGCAGUUGCAGUAAUUGUUUGAAGUACGGUCAUACAUUUAAUGGGAAGAGCAGUCACGAAGGUGGUGGUGGUGAGGGGAGGGGGUGAAGGGAAGAGUGGGAGGAAAGAGAGUUGCGAGUUUAGUUGUCAUUGUUCUGAUAUUACUGCCGGUAACUAAGUGAGGAAUUGAAAAAACGUGAGGAUGGGAUAUUGCAACACUGCGUAUAAAUUGGUGUAUGAUAUUUGAGUGACUGAGCGAUUGGUUUGAACAAUAGGCUAUGAGCCUGGGUUCAGUUUUGUCUGAGAACUGAAAUGUGGAGUGUGAAAUUCAAAUUCCUGCGGCAGUCAUUUUAUUCUCGAUUCUAAUUUGUUCUGCGGAAAAAAAAACCUUGUGUUUGAACUGUUAUACAGUUUACAGUAUAAACUGUAUAAACAAUCUAUGUGAAUUUAUCUGAAUUUGAAGAUGUUUUUCAGAAAGGUGGGAUGUGAAACUGAUUGGAAUGUUCUUGUGUGAUGAAGGCACACGAUUCUUAACGAAGAAGAACAGUGAAGUCCGUAUCUGUUUCGGACGAACAAUAUACGAACAAUAAUAGUUUCGAUGAGCUAGCAGAGGAAAAAGCAGAGCAUCCUCUGGUAACUUUCAACUUCACUUGAACCCUGCUUAAUAAGAAUAACAUAACCAUGUUAUAAUCUUGUCAUGGCAGAUGCUGUCAUAAAUAGGUAUAACAGUCACUGUCUAGUGUAAUGUGACAAACUGAAAACUCUAGAGCCAACACCAUCCUAUUAACACCUGUAGGCUCGAGCCCUAUGUUUGCAGCGGCUUUACCUGGCUUAGAGGAGCAUUAAGGAGAAUAAAUAGGUAACAAAUUAAAUUAAACAUAUCUGAGGAUGGGUAUUUGCUGGUAUUAUGGAUAUGUGUGCAUAGUUAUGAAACGAUGAGGUUGUGGAGGUUUUACUUUCCAUUGUGUUGUUGUAUUGUUAUCUAAUCAAACUUACAAAAUGAUGACGAAGAAGAAGAUGAUGAUGAUGAU